AUGUCUUUACUUUUCUGUAGUUUAUUAUUUUUCGGCGAGUUCAACGUUGACAACACGUGGCACGUCAAUAAGACUCAAACACUGUCCACGGGAGGUGCCGACUACACUAGUCACGUGCAAAUCCGCAAGAAGUUUACCCUUCUGACCAAAAUACAAUACUUCUCGAUGCUAGCUUGGUUUGUUGAAGAUGCUAACAUUUUCCACGAGCAAUGCUUCACGUGA